CUGGUUGGUAAUCAACUUUGGCGAUUCUCCCCACGCUGAAUUUCCAUCUCCCCUCUUCGUCUGCGCGACUCGGUCCGUACGAUAACUUGAUACCAGCCAUGGCGGGGGUGCGGCCCAGUGCCCUGCCCUGCACCAGGCUGCGCGAUAGCUGUGUCGCGUGCGCCGUGUCGAAGCUCAAAUGCUCCAAGCAGCGGCCCACAUGUUCCAGGUGUGAAACCCGCGGGAUCGACUGUCAAUACUUCUUUGCUAGACGACCGGGUCGACGGCGCGAACAUGGCCGUGGUCAUCCGACAAGUUGUACGAGCCGGAGCAGCCGCUCUGCAGAAGCACAUUCACAGCCCGUUGCGGCACAAGAUUCCCAAGGCGACCAGUCUGGACAUGGCGACUCUGCCGAGACUGGGAGAGCUUCUAUAAGCCCUGUCGAUCUAACAGCCGAUCCAGGUCCCGCUGCUAACCUACCGGGGAGUCACGGUUGGACUAUUGUCCUACCGGAAGAUGGGGAUGGAACAUAUCCGGCGGACGCAUUCUCGAUGCCCACGGGGUCUACUACUGUGCCGCAGCUUAAUGACAGUGCGAUGGAUCUCCUCAUGGCAGAUUCCGACCAACGCCCCGUCAUGGAGACCGACAAGAUCGCCGCCACGCCCGAGGGCACCAUGGGCGGCACACUGCCCGUACCAGAUGCGACUACUCUCGAACUCAACCUCGAUGCGCCAUUCACCCGCAGCAAGGUUCCCCUAUCCGCAGGUCCCUCCGGCAAGGACCCGCGUGCAUCGAGCAACCGGGCCUCACUCCCAUCAGACUCUACUACAGUCAACCCCGCCAACAUCACGAAUUCGAGCUGCAGCUGCGUCCCGCGAGCCCUCGCCCUCCUCCGCGCCCUCUCAUGCGCGCAAUCUUCUCAAACCGCCCUCCCAGAAACCCAUCCAGCCCUCUACACGCUCUACCAACACAAACCCAACAUCGCCCUCGCGCGCCGGAUGCUCUCGUGCCCACCCUGCACGGAAAACACAUUCCUCCUCGCGAUCCUCUCGCUGAUCGUCCUGAACAUCCUCGAGCGCUACGCGACGGCUUUGCAGCGCCAACUCCACGACAACAACGACUCCUCGCAGGCGAAUGGGAGCGGGAACGGGAACGGGAACGCGAGCUGUGUUGACCCCGGGACGAUCGCGAAAUUGGCCCAUUGUAUCAUCGCGUGUCGGCGGGUUCCUUCGAGGGUUAUUGUUAGUGAGCUUUGUCGCCUGCAGAGUUUGGUGAACCAUCUUGCCCCGAGGGUUGUUGGGCAGGGGGCUGAGGCGUUGGAGAGGAUGGAGGGGGGAAUGCGGGAGGGGCUUGGGGGAUUAUCUGGAGAUAUUAUCGAGAGGUUGAGAAGAUAUUAGGAUACCUCCACGCUGUGGUUGCGGGGAUGGGUUGUUGUGACUGGACCAUAGCAUAUAACAUCGCGCCAGACAUGCAUGUUUUUUUUUUCCGUGGCAGCUGCUGGCCCUAUCUAAUGUUUGUUUGCUUCUUGCGGAUUAUACUCGAAACUAUGGGACCACUCUCAGAAGUGACCUUCUCCCCGAGAAACGGCCGCGGUCGAAUACCUAGGCAUGGACGCGUCACCCUGAUCCCAACGGUUCCCAAUCUAGUAUAUCGCCGCAUAGGCUUCAUUUCGUCAUACCCACGAAACCUUUGAGCUGCAGCCGCAUUUCUCACCCUCAUCAUCAUCCC